AUGUCUUCGUCCAUGUUGAUCCUUUUCACUUUCACGGCGCAUCUCAAACAUGGACAGCCGUUUCAAAUUCGCAACGCCGGGGACCUCAACCGCCCGCUGGUGUUUCUACCGCUUCAAUACAUGGAAGAAUGGUCUUUCAGUGCAUCUGCGUACUUUGAACUGCCACAAUCUAACUUCUUCCCCACCGUCAAGUUGAUUCUAUUUUUGGAGGCAGUUAUCAAACAAUCUUACAAUAUGGAAUCGACUACCGUGGGGGACGACGAGACCCAGAGCAAAGGGAGGAUCAAGAUAUUGGCAGCCGUCAACAACGAGAACUCUCUCUGCCUAGCCGUGCAGAACAGGAAAUUAUCCUCGUUCUCGUCGCUGUUGCGGCAAGGCAUUCCGAUGACGUCCCGUGCGAUUAGACUCAUGUUCAAGUCCUGGCCAAAUCAAGGCUCUGAAUUCUGCGAGGCCUGGCUUCGCGAGGGUGGAAGGUUGAAUGGUUUCUAUGAAGAUUCCACGCCCCUGAAGCUGGCUCUAGGCCAUGAGACUUGUAUGUGCUGGUUGCUGGAGCACGGCGCAGAUCCAAAUGUUCCACCACUGCUUGGUAAAACGGUAGACCUCCUAACUCUUGCAGCGGCAAGCUUUCCGCCUUCGGCAGUAAGACUGCUAGUUGAACACGGCGCGAGGAGGAAAGGAACGCAAGCCCUCCACGCAGCCGCCAUCACAAGUGCUACUGAGAUCUAUGAAGCCAACUUCCAGCCCAAUCCUUCUCGAGUCGAAGUACUCAAAAUGCUCCUCGAUCAUGGGGCAGAUGCCAACGACAUGGAAGUGGACCCCAAGGAGCUCGGUCGGCCGCGUGCUUCGUAUACCGGCACGCCCCUCCAUCGCGCAGCCAGGCAUGGGAGCGUCGAGGCUGUUCAAUGUCUUCUUGCCUACGGAGCUGACCUCUCCUCUCCCAGCUGGUCUGGCUUGACCGCGAUGGAGGUUGCACAAAUCUACCGGCGGCAGGACAUGGUUGAUGCUCUCCGAAACCACAUUGACCGGGCUUCAGGCCAGGAUGGCCUUAGCGUACGCAAGGCGGUCUCUUGCUAA